AUGUCUCAGGUGCCUGCUGACCUCCUGUCAACCACCAGCUCCUACAACUAUGAGCCGCCCCUUCCCUCCGUGGCUCGGGCGAGUGCUCUCACCCAGGUACCUCCGGCCAAAAAAAUAACCUUCUUCAAGAGUGGAGACCCUCAGUUUGCAGGAGUCAAGAUGGCCAUCAACCAGCGGAGCUUCAAGAGCUUCAAUGCUCUCAUGGAUGACCUCUCCCAUCGGGUCCCUCUGCCGUUUGGGGUGCGGACCAUCACCACCCCACGAGGAAUACACUGCAUCAGUGAGCUGGACCAGCUGGAGGAUGGAGGGUGCUACCUGUGCUCCGACAAAAAAUACGUGAAGCCCAUCAGCAUCACUCCCGGGGGACACAGGCCAGCCCCUCCACGACACGCUCGGCCCUCCAGCACCAUGAGAAGAGCAGCGCAGGAGAGCAAGCUGGAAGAUUAUUCCACACCUUUCACUCACCACGGCCCCAGAAUACCCAAGAAAAUCACUCUAGUUAAGAACGGGGAAAGUGGCUUUCGGCGCUCAAUUAUCCUGAACCGCAGGAACGCCCGGAGUUUCAAAACCCUCCUGGAUGAGAUUACGGAGAUCCUGCAGUUCCCAGUGAAGAAACUCUACACCAUUGAUGGGAAGAAGAUUGACAGCAUGCAGGCCCUGCUCCACUGCCCCAAUGUGCUGGUGUGUGUCGGCCGGGAGCCCUUUAAACCUGUGUCCAUGGAGAAUCUGAGGAAACACUCGGUGGAGAAGCUGCCCAACCUGCCUCCCCGUUCCAACGGCAACAACGUCAACGAGAACAAUGAAAGUAAGCAAAGCUCUGGGUUGAACUUCGGACUGAAAGCCAAAAAAAGCGUUAUACAUCCGCGGUCGUCAUCAAGCAACAGGUCCAUGAGAUUUUCUUUGUCAUCGGAAAAGUCGUAUCCCAACGGUCUCGCUGCCUCACCGGAUAAUGGAGCACCUUUCUCCAACGGCUGCUCCCACCCCAAGGCCGGGGAGUUGGUCCAGUCCCUGGUCAACGACGACAUAGAGAAGCGGGUGCACGUGAACAAGGAUGGGAGCUUGUCUGUUGAGAUGAAGGUCCGCUUCCGCCUGCUGAAUGAUGAGACUUUGCAGUGGUCCACCCAGAUCAAGAAGUCCAACCUGCUGAACCGGCUGCCUUGUGAGGAGUCAGGAGCAGAGGAGGACAGUGGAGUGGACCCCCUGCAGAAAAUGAACCCAGAAGUCAGCUCGGAGGCGGAUGACUCGUUGUAUCCCUGUGAGAUCGAUUCCUAUAUGUCAAAACUUGAGGAAUCCGAGUGUGACGAGGCCCACUGUCACAGCUGUGGGAAGAAGCACCAGGACUACGACAUUUGGAAGAACCCCAUGCACACAUCCCAGAGGGAAGAGCCCAGCGUACGGAGCACCUGGCGCACGCGGUCGUCGUGCUCCAGCACGUCCUCCCGGAGGAGAGUCAUCCACAAAAAAAUUACUUCCGUGGACAGCCUCCACACCACGUCCAGUGAGGAAUUCUCUGAGCACAUUGUGAGAGAAUCCUCGUCCUACUCAGAGACUAUAGAGAACAGAGUGGCGUAUCGAUCCGUCAAAAAGUGCAGGUGCCGAAGUGAUUUGUCUACAGGUGCUUCCAUUGGAGAAGAUCAGCAAGGAGAUAGUCGGGCAAGCACAGGGAAUGGCCAGAAACCUUCAUCCGUGGGUUUAAUGUCACAUUCCAGCUGUGAAAACAACCUGGAUACUCAAGAUGCCCCCGAAGACCCUGAGAUCAGCAAAACUAUUUCACAAAAUGAAGAGGAAAACUGUUUCGAAGCUUCCUCUGUGAAGGGCUUAAAGGAUGACGUGGAAGAGGCUGAGAGCAGCAGAGUUGGGAGUGUCAUGUCAAAGUCAUCCCUGCAGUCCAAACAGAGCAAGAAUAAUGUCUGUGAGGAAACCAGCAGCGUGGGUAGGAGCAUGUCCUCCUCCUCAAGCCUUCAGAAGGCAAAUCAAGGAGAGAACUCUCGGAGCUCCACCCCUGCCAACAGUGUGCACAGCAAGUCCAGCAACUGCACCACCCAAAAAGCAAAGAGCGAGCAGGAUGACCAGUCUGAUGAAAAUCCAGUGGUCUCCUCCUUGUCCAGUGAGUCCUGCCCUAAGAAAGAGGCUGAAGAGGCAGAAGCAGAGGAAGAUGAAAGUGAAUCAAGGCAGACAAAAAACAACAAUCUUCGGGUGAAGAUGUCAAACUCCAGCCGGGCAUCACUGUCUGAGAGCACGUCAGUGCACAGCCUGCACUGCCCUGCCCCACCCAAAGGGAAGCCAAAGAGGAAAAACAUGCGUCCAACCACACUGAAGAAUUCCUCCAUUAGCAGUGUAGGCACCAAGUCGGUGCUGAGCACAGGAAAAGAGCAGAAAGAAAUUGUAGAUUCCUCCAAAGAGACUUCCUAUGGGUCUAGGUCAGCAGCACCCGAAGUAAACGAUCAGAAUAAUAAAGAGACCGAUGAUUCUUGCAAAAAAAAAGCAGAGGAAGCGCCAGAAGACAUGGGUGUGCAGGAGGAAGAGAGUGAUUUAAUGCCAUCUGCUCUGCCAAAUACGUCUCCAGAAGAAGUUGUGCAAGAGUGGCUCAGAAAAAUCCCUUCAGAAACGUUGCUUGUGAAAUAUGAAAUGGAGGACGAUGUGGAAGAGGAAGGUACAGAGACAGUUACCGAGGUGUCACACUGUACACACGCCGAGGAAGCCCCAGAGGAUGAAAAAGCUGAGGAAAAGAAUGAGGAGGAGGUUGAAAAUGAAGCAAAGGGAGACACAGCAGAAGACACAGCAAUUAAUGAAGAGGUUGAAGAAUGUGUGAAACAGGAAGAAGUCUGUGAGGUUGCAACUGAGGCUGCCAAAGCUGAGCAGGCAGAAAGCAACCAGUCAGUCACCUCCAGCCAAAAUAACAACAGGAGAGACCUGCCCACCUCUGUUCAGACUUCUGUCCAGAUCAUGAAGGCCUUGCUCAGUUCAAAACACGAGACCAAAUUUGACCGAUCGAACAGUUUGCCCGAAGUGUCCCCCACCAUGGGGAGAAAACUCAGCAACUCCGCCAACGUUUUGAUCACUUGUCUUGCCAGUCUCCAACUCCUCGAUGAAGAGUCAGAAGACCCAUCAGACAACUCAAAAGCUUUGAAUAAGUCAAGGUAUACGGAGCUGCUGAAUAUUUUUCAAGCCCUGUGGUUGGGAUGCACAGCUGAAAGGAGCGGUCCAAGCUCAGGUCAAGAGGCCAGCGAGCAGGCAAAGCCAGACCUUGGGUUCAAAGGCCCAAAACCUAUGGAUCACACCUUCACUCACAUGUCCUCCUCUGGGGUUGAUGUCUGCAGUGGUUCUGGUGGCUCAGGAGAAGAAUGUACAGCUGGUGCCACUUUGGUGGCACAGAAAACUGCUGAAUUCAAACCAGCCGAAGUGGAAAAUACAGAGACUGGCACUGAAGUGACUGAGGUUGAGGAGCAAAGUAAAGAGGGAGCGCAGCCAUCCCGCCCUUCAACAGCCUGCUCAGACUCACACAGAGAGGAAAAAGCACAGUCUGCUAAAGAGGAAUCUCUAAUUGAGGAGGAAGAAGAGAAGGAGGAGGAUCAGUGCCAUACCUGUGAACACGGUCAGGAGGAAGGGGGAGAAAAUGAAAAUGAAGAAACCAGCAAAUUAGCUGAAACUGGAGAACAAGAAGAAGCUGGAGCUGUGAAUGAUGAACUCCCACAAGAAAAUCUGGAAGCCACCACUGAUGAUACAAAUGUCAAUGAUGCUGAUGCUGGGAUGGAGAUAAAAGCUGAUUUGGAAGGGCAUCUUGAAAAAGAGUCACCAAGUGACCCAGAGCCCAAAGUCGGUACAUCCACCAGUGUGGGCACAUCCGCUGUCCGGCAAAAAUCAGUGGAUCCAGACCCAGUCUGGGUCCUGAGGCUGCUCAAAAAAAUCGAGAAGGAGUUCAUGGCUCACUAUGUCAACGCCAUGAAUGAGUUAAAAGUCAGGUGGAACCUGCAGCACAACCAGCAGAUGGAUGAAAUGAUACAGGAGCUGAAGGAGGAAGUGAGUAAAAGGAUACAAAAAAGCAUAGAGAAGGAGUUGAGGAAGAUCAGAAGCAGAGCUGGGACGAGGGUGCCGAGACCUCCGGAUGAGCCACCCACACUUCAGUCAAAACUCCAGACAGAGCAGAGGAGGUGGAGAUUGCAAACUAUGCACAAAAAGUCACUCUUUGGUGGCAAGAACGGCAACCAAAGCAGGCUGGAGGAGACAUUAGACUUAUCCCUCGAUGUAGAUAAAGACUUAGCACUUAGUGCAGCUUUUGAUGAGAGUAUUAGUAAACAAUCAAGCGAGGAGGAAUAUUGUCCAUGUGACUCCUGUGUGAGGAAAAAAAUGGCCUCCAAGCCCCAAAGACCCCUCGUGGUGGCCACCAAUGCCCCAGUCAUGAAAGCAUUUGAUUUGCAGCAAAUCCUGAGGCUGAAGAAAGAUGACAAGGAGGAAGCCAUUGUUGCAGAAACAGCCCAGGACAUCAAGGGUGAACCCGAGGCAGGUGAAGAAGUGGAGGACAAGGAAGAAAAGGAGCCAGAAGUAAAUGAAUUAAAUGGAGACGGAGAAGAACCUGAAAUAGCAGAGAGUCAAAAGGAGCAGGAAGCUGAAGAAAAGUCCAAAGGUGAAGAUGAAGCUGAAAAUGAAGCUGAAGAAACAGAGGAGCCAGAGGAUGAUGAGGCAGAGACAUCUGAAUGCAGAGGAGAUGCCAAGGGCUCCGGAACUGACAACAAUCCUGGAGAAGAUGAUGCAGAAGGAAAUGAAGAAGCUGAGCAGGAUGAAGCUGAGGCAGUAGAAGAUGCAAAACCAGAGUCAGAAGGUGAAGCUGAGGAGGAAAACGGUGAAGGAGGUGAGAAACAUGACGAGAAUGAGGAGGAACCUGCCAAUGAUGACCCUGACAAGGCACAUGAAAAAUACGAAGGCAAAAUCAACAACAAGGUUUCUCAGAAAGUCUCAAGGGCCAAAGGCAAGAAAAAUAGCAAAAAGCUGGAGAGUCUGAAAACAUCCACUGCCUUUUCCUAUUAUUCUUCUGUAGGAAACUUCUCACAGCAAUCCCAGAAGGGGUCUGAAGAUAAAGAUGAGGAAGAAGAUGAAGAGGAAGGCAAAGAUGACCACAACCCUGGGAGUGACCCCCCCAAUGGAGAGAUUCGAAGUGAUGAGAGCUCCAAACCCUCACAGAUGUAUCCUGAGAGCGAGGAAGAGGAAGAAGAUGAGGACAAAGAUUCUUCAGGCACUGAUGCUGCGGGAGAUGAGGACCCAGCAGAUGCUGAAGGCACAGAUCCAAAGGAGGCUGAAAAUACUGAUGAAGUUCAGGCUUCUAAAAAGAAAGAAAACUCUGAUAAUAUUGACCAGGAAGACUUGGACUUCUAG